AUGGCCUCCCACCGCAUCGGCGCCCGCGUCGCGGGCCUCUCGCCAGAGCAGCUGUGCGCCAUCAUCGAGGCGCAGGCGGGCGCGAGCGACGCCGCGCUGCGCGUGGCGGACGAGCACGCCACACGGCUCGUGGAGCAGCCCGAGCAUGGAGUCGGCAUGGAGUCGGUCAAGAAGCAGAUGGAGCAGCUGCAUGGAGUCGGCAUGGAGUCGGUCAAGAAGCAGAUGGAGCAGCUGCAUGGAGUCGGCAUGGAGUCGGUCAAGAAGCAGAUGGAGCAGCUGCAUGGAGUCGGCAUGGAGUCGGUCAAGAAGCAGAUGGAGCAGCUCUGCAAGCAACUCUCUCUCGACAUCCGCCGCCGCGCCGAAGGGCACAACACCCUCGACGCCAUCCGGCACAUGAUGUUCACCGGCAACCCCGGUGUCGGCAAGACCACGGUGUCGCGGCUGGUUGCAAGGCUGUACCACCAGCUUGGCGCCCCUGCAAGGGUGGGGGUGGGGGGCGUCUCGGCAAAGGACAGUGUGGUGGAGGUGCAGAAGGGGGACCUGGUGGCGGGGUACGUCAACCAGACGGCGAUGAAGACGGCGAAGAAGAUCAAGGAGGCGCGCGGCGGCAUCCUCUUUGUCGACGAGGCCUACCAGCUGACGCAGGCGCUGCAGCGCGGACAGUCAGACUUCUCGGGCGAGGCGAUCGACGAGAUGAUGAAGGUGGAGCAGCAGUUCAAGAUGUGGGGCAUCCAGCACCUCUCCGCCUUCUUCGUGCGCGCGGGCUACCGGCAGCUGGUCGACCUGAUCCACCUGUCCAAGCAGGACAUCAUGGCCCUCGGCGUCACAAAGGACGCCGAGGAGCACCGCAAGGAGUCUCUCGAGAUGGACGCGCUCUUCGUCGACCCCGACUCUGUCGACGUCAAGACGUGGCUCGAGAAGCGGUCGCUCGGCGAGUUUGCGAAGCUGGUCGCUCGGCGAGUUUGCAAAGCUGUAUAUCUCCCCAUAUCUCCCCACAUCUCCCCAUAUCUCCCCAGGUCGCUCGGCGAGUUUGCAAAGCUGUUCGAGCGGCACCGGGUCGACUUCGAGGUGCUCGGCGACCUCACCUACGAGGACCUCAAGGAGAUGGGCCUCAACGAGGUCGGGCCGCGCCGCCGCAUCCACCGCCAGAUCGUGCAGUGGCGCGACGACCGCGAGGCCAAGAAGGCGGACGCCAUCCGGUCGCGGAUGCAGGUGCAAGAGAACAAGGCCUACCUCGAGAGCCAGCAGCAGAACGUCGACGACCGGCUGCAGCACCUCAAGGCGUCGCUCGGCGAGUCGGGGUACGUCACCGGGUUGCGCCCGUCAAGCGGCUGA